AGCACGGCGGUGUUCAGCUAGAUAGGGUAGUUUAAGCUUUUGAGAUGCCUUCUUGGUUUCUUUGAGUUGAGACUGCGCAGAGUUGCCAGAGAGGCAGAUGGUCAUAUGGACCAAGAGGAUUUGGAGUGAGAUGUCGAAGAUGCCUUGAGAUGCUUCGUCGAGGCGGACAAUAGGUUCACAUAAAAGCCAUCGUGAUACCCAACGGAAUUGAUUUAGACCAGCAGACUCAUCACAAGAUACCCUAACAACCACAGCAAGUGCCCUUCACAAUGCUCAUUCCAAACCUUCCUAUCGCCGCCAUGGCCCUGUCCUCCCUCGCCAUGGCUGCUCCCCAUCGCAGAGACAACAAGUCGGCCACGAGUCUCAGUCUGACUGCUCAGCUUCAACUCGCGGACAGCAGCGCAGCCCGAUACCGUCUUCUCCCCAGGGACGAAGAUUUCAUCUACGACUUCCACAAGUCCCAAGUCGCCCUCGCCAACCGCCAAACCUUCCCCGCCGUAACCGGCCUAGGCGGCAGCAUGGCCGUCGCUUCCUUGCCCGCCUGCGCGAUGUCCUUCCUCCACCUCCACCCCCGCGCCUCCGAACUCCUCGUCGUAACCUCAGGCCGCCUCAUCACCGAGAUGGUCCCAGAGGCAGGCGUCCUCGACGCAGACGGCAAACAGCGUGUCAUCCGCGCCGACCUGGGUCCCAACCAGAUGACCGUCUUCCCCCAGGGCUCCUUCCACACCCAGGUCAACCCCGAAUGUACUCCCGCCUCGGCCGUCGUGUCUUUCACCUCGGAUGAGGGCGGCACUGCCAUGGUUGCGGCGCAGCUAUUUGCGCUAAGCGACGAUGUCAUUGAGACUUCGUUUGGGUCGAGUAUUGAUGGGGAGGAUAUUGACCGUGUUCGUCAGGCGAUUCCGAAAAGUCUUGUACUCAAGGUUGAAGAGUGUUUGGAGAAGUGUGGGCUUGAGAAGCGGGCUGUCUAAAUUGGGGGCUCGGACUAGGUGUGGCCUUGACGCCGUAGUAUUGCCGGAGUGGUACAGUUCGGGAGAUUUUCCUCGAGACUUCCUCCCUCCUUUCUUUUUGUCGUUGAAGAGAGGUGCGUAUUAUCCGUUGGCAGCUUCUCUUCUCUCAUUGUUUGUCUCGUCUUGAUUUCAGAACAUCUUUAGCAACUCUUCUUCUUUCACUCAUUUAACAUAUUCUCAUGGUUAGAUAGCUAUCAUAUAACCCGCAUG